CCAGGGACACACUCAUGUGGAUGGAACCGAGCCGAACGUUGAACCCAGAAUUAGCUCGGCUGCUAGCUAGUCAGCUCGAGUAGCUGGUUAGUCGCUGUUCACAGACGCCUGCGUCGAUAUGUCGAGUGUCGUCCACAAAGCACAAGGCGACGGAUCUUAUGCGAGAGACACACGCACAGGUCGAGAAUCGCCUCGCCACAGCCUUAUAAAACAACUCUACUCAACAUGGAGCACCGGCUGUUAAUCUAAUGUCCGCGGAACAAACCACAAAUUGAACCGUCUGUCAAGAGGCACUAAACGUCAACGACUUUGUAUCAAGGUAUUUCGAUCCACGACGAACGUCAGACGCCGGAGAAAAUACUUUCUGGCAGAACCCGUUCCGGGGGAACUUCAGACAUAACAGUGACGUCACAUCCACUGAGACGGGCAAAACGUGGACGGCAUGCUUUUCUUUGCCUACCGGUUUUUCAUCGAUUAUUUUUCUCUACAGUCAGUAUCGGAGAUCAUAAAUCAAGUAGCAGGUUUGGGUCGUUGCGGAGAAGUUACCAACUCAUAAAAUGAGCAAGCAGUCGUCUUUACUACUGCGAAAGCAACUGGCAGAGUUGAAUAAAAACCCAGUGGAUGGUUUUUCCGCCGGCCUUGUCGACGACGAUAACAUCUUUAAAUGGGAAGUGGUCGUCAUCGGACCUCAAGACACACCAUUCGAGGGAGGAUUCUUCAAAGCCAUCCUAACAUUUCCUCGUGACUAUCCGCUGCGGCCUCCCAAAAUGAAGUUCAUCACCGAAAUCUGGCAUCCCAAUGUUGCCAAAAAUGGAGAUGUAUGUAUUUCGAUAUUGCAUGAACCCGGUGAGGACAAAUACGGCUACGAGAAGCCCGAGGAGCGUUGGCUGCCGAUCCACACUGUGGAGACCAUCAUGAUCAGCGUCAUCUCCAUGUUGGCAGAUCCCAAUAGUGACUCCCCUGCCAAUGUGGAUGCAGCAAAAGAGUGGCGGGAGGACCCAACUGGAGUGUUUAGGAAAAAAGUUGCACGCUGUGUGCGGAAAAGUCAGGAGACGGCGUUUGACUGAGUCUGAUUUGUUCAAUAGUCAGAACCAGUCACGAUGCCUGAAGUAGAAUGUGAAGGACAACUAACAUGCUUCCAGCAGCCGGAGACAACCGUCAUUUGUUAGCAUUGGCUACAAUAUAUUUUGUUACCAGACUUAUUUAUAAAAAGUAAAAGUUAUAAAAAGUUAAGAUACAGCUCUUUAUUGCUUUACUAUUGCGACAGCACUAUAAGGGGAUGAAUAAUAAUCCUUCCUUCCUUCCUUCCUUCCUUCUCACAUUUUGAGUGCACUUGAGGAAAAAUAUUUUUAACCACUCAACCAAGUCAACCUAAAGACCAUUGAUUCAAGGGUUUGCAGAAAAAUGUGCUUGUGAUUGAAGUACUAUGCAACAUGAGGGUUCAAUGAUUUAUAUGACGCCUUGCCUGCCACUGUUCUGUACGUUUUAGUUUUACGAUCAGAAGGCUCAUGUCUGGCAUGCUACACCAUUCUGAACAAGGACCUGAGAUUCAGUUCAUUCUUUCAACUGGGAAUAAAAUUUGCCUUACA